UUCCAGAGUUUCUCCAUCAAGUGUUAUUGGGUUGUUGUCCUCCGUGUUUUAUUUCAGGAUGUUGCUUUUCCCUUUGUUUAUGUUAAGGGCUACUGAUGCAGAGCCUGCUGUUACACUGGCUAUCUUCACCUACAAUUGUUGACGUGCAUGGGACAGAAGAGACAGUUCAUCUGCGAAAUCCUAAUCGUCCAGUUGUAUCCAAGCUGUUCAUUGUAUUCCGUGCCUCCCCUGAGAUGUCGAAGUGUUCAUAAUCCAGUCGAAGAUGGUUUCAUAAGGUUUUUCUAUCUACACUGUCAAAUGCUUUCUCAUAGUCAAGGUAAUUCAUGUAUAGUGAUGAAUUCUACUCGGUCGAUUGCUCAUCAACGAUCCGUUCUGUCACGAUUUGACCUGUGCACGACUGAUCCUCACGGAAUUCAGCCUAUUGAUCUCAAAGUUGGGCAUCUACUGAAUCCUUUAUUCUGUUCAGCAACACUGUUGAAAACGUUUCCUGAUAUCGAAAAUAAUCUGAUGCAUUUGUAGCUGAGUUUUCACAUUUACUCAGACCUCUUUUCUUUGGUAUCUUGAUGAGGUA